AUGGCAUUAUUCGAUCUUGCUCCUUCGUUUGCUUACAGAUUAAGAAGUUCCCCUAAAAUAACUGCAUAUCAACUUUGAAUUCAUUUCUCUAAGUGAUUCUCAAAAAAACCUGCACUCUUCAAUUUUCUACUAAUAUGAGCUUUUGGAAGUCCUUUAAUUGAAUUAGUUACAAAAAAGCCAAGGCUGGAAAGAGAAGUGAAUAGUUCAAUGCUUUAA